AUGGGAAUCAAAGGAAUCUAUGGCGAGCUUGGACCUGGACAGAGAGUCUCUCUCGCCAAGCUCGCGGCUGAUGCUCUCAAGAACGACCACAAACCAUUUCGCCUAGCGAUUGACAUUGCCAUCUGGCAGUUCCAGACGCAAGCCGCACGAGGCGGCACCAAUCCUGCCAUCCGCACGCUCUUCUACCGCCUUGUUCGACUAUUGGCCACCUCAAUCACGCCCAUAUUCGUCUUCGACGGACCGAACAAGCCCGCAUUGAAGCGGAACAAACGAUCGGGAAGAGGGGAUGGCGUUGCCACGGCACAGGCGAAGCGACUGAUUCGAUUAUUUGGCUUUUCCUACCAUGACGCCCCGGGAGAGGCCGAAGCCGAAUGCGCACUCCUGCAGAAGCAAGGCAUCGUCGACGCCGUCCUCAGCGAAGACGUCGACACCAUCAUGUUUGGCUGCACAAGAACGCUCCGAAAUUGGUCUGCCGAAGGGACGACCUCCAAGACGCCGACGCACGUCUCCUUGUACGACGUGAACGACCCGGCCAUUGCCAACAUCGGCCUGGGACGGGAAGGAAUGGUACUCGUUGCUCUCAUGAGCGGUGGCGAUUAUUUGCCGGACGGCAUCCCCGGCUGCGGCGUCAAAGUAGCGUGCGAAGCUGCCCAAGCGGGCUACGGCAAGUCCGUAUGCAGCUUGAAGACAUCGGACGAAGCCGGUCUUCACGCCUGGAGGCAGUCGCUGAUGCACGAGCUCAAAACGAACGAAAAGGGUUACUUUCGCACGAAGCACAAGGCCUUGGCGAUACCCGAAGACUUUCCCAACCUCGAGGUUCUGCGCUUCUACACACAUCCUGCCGUAUCACAACAGGCCAAACUCGACGCUGUGCGACAGAAACUGGAGAGAAAACGCGAGAUACAGCUCGAAGACUUGCGUGAGUUCACAAGAGAAACCUUCGACUGGGACUUUCGGAUAGGUGCCAUCAAGUUCAUUCGAGUCCUCGGCCACGCCCUGCUCGUGCAGAAGCUGCUCCAGGGGCAGGAGGAGGGCCUACACCUCAUACAGCGAAUUUCGGGCCGACGGCAGCACAUUACGACACAAGGCACCUCGGAGCUGCGUGUUUCCUACAUUCCACAGGACGUCGUCCCGAUCGACCUGUCGCGAGAAGUGGACGAGGAUGUCAGCUACGGACGCGAUGGGCUAGCGUUAAACAGCGACAAUGAAUUCGAGGCUGGCUCCAACGCCAUGGAUCCUGCCGAAGAAGCCAAGACGAUAUCCGGCAAGGUAUUCGACGUUGCAAAGCCAGAGCUCGCCUGGGUACUCGAGGAUGUUGUAAGGCAGUACGCAUCAGAGGCCGUCAAAACCUGGGAGGAAUCGGAGGCAGCCAAGGUCAGCCGAAGGUCGCCGACGAAAAAGGCCAGCGGAGGGCGGUCGAGAAAAGCAGUCAGCGUGCCUGCUGCCGGAACUCUUGACGGCUUCGUUCGGACUACCAAGCUCCAAUCCACGGCAGACAAGGGGGUUGGCAAGGACCUGGGAGAAAGCGCCGGCGCGAACCGUUCUCAGCCCCCGAAAUCCAAUAUACUCCGCAUACCCCGACCGAUCCCGUCGAGGCAAAUGAGUAAGCCAUCCUCGCCCUUGGCGUCCAGUCCCGAAAGACCUACGACCAGUUGGACCACCGGGAGCUCACCGAGAACGCCUAGGCAACGAGGGCCCGCAGCUCAGCCAGAGGCGAUUCUCAUCUCGUCUAGUCCCGUCGCAGCGCCACCUUCGCCUCUCCCUCCCAUGUCCGCAUCCCCGACUGCUCAGUCCCGGCUCCGUCCUGCGACCAAGGGCAGGGAUGAUCAAUCUAGUCCGCUUCAUCCGGUUCACCCCUUGAGCAGAGAGUCUCCCAAGUCGAAAGCAAGCCAUACUCGCAAGCAACGUGCAGCAGCGACCAAGAAGGCUGAAGCGGCCAAGAAACCGCAAGAAUCGAGGUUCAAGCAACUGUCCAUGGACAUGUUUGCGACCCAGAGUCCUCGACCCCUUGAGCCUAGGAGCCAACCGAUUUCUCCGCCGACGAGGGCCAAGCCUCCAGGACGCCGAGGGGACGAUGAAUGCGACGUAGUGGACAUUACCGCCGUAGAUGGCGAAACCCUCUCCGAAGGCCCGGGUUCGCCUGGCAAGCGGCGGUCCCAAGGUGACUCUCGGAGCCCUACCACGAGCGCGGCACACAGCCCGUGCCGGAAGAAGAAACUCCUCGUGCCGCAUGUGUCGGCCGACGGGUUCUUCACGGAAGUGGAAGUGGACGAAGCAGAACGGGAUGCGAGGAUGACUCGUGGCGUACGAGCCGGCGUGGCAAGAUACAGCGACGUGGCUCUGAUAGAUCUCACCGGCGGUGACUGA